ACUGAAAAUUUUGAAAAAAAAACUCUAAUCUGCACAGGCAGACAAAAGCUGAUUGAUUUGCUGUGAGUUCACAGGGUGUUUAUAUUACAUUGCCUCAACGGAGAUAAAAUGUGUAUUUUAGAUCGAGAUGUUAAGUAAAAUAUCAUUAAAAGUAUUAUUUUUAAUGUCUAAAUUUACUGAUAUAUGAAAAUAAAAUAUUUUUAUUGGAUUGCAAAAACAUCGAUGUUAGGAUAACAAAUGAUUUUUAAAACAUCGAUUUGUUGUGCCAUCGAUAUUUCUCCACCUCUACACAACUCUACAACCAAUCCAUAAACAAAAAAAUUUUGUGUAUAUAAAACUUAAAAGCUGUCGCCGAAGUAAAUAAAACUAUAGAUGCGGAUACCCCGACAUUCAAAAAGCUGCAAUUGUUAAGAACAACCGGAGUAUGGGAUAUUAGUGGAUAAAAAUACGGUAAGGAAAGAGAAAAAACCAACAACGCAUUUACCCAAUGUUCUCCAACGGGCUGCCGUGCAAUCUGUCGUUUCCGAGCUGCCUGAGUGUCCCAAAAGAUGGUAACGAGGAACUCUUGCCUUCCAAUAUGGGGACAAGGGAACCAGUUAUUCUUAACGUAUAUGAUAUGUAUUGGAUUAAUGAAUACACAACUUCAAUCGGUCUUGGCGUUUUCCAUUCCGGCGUUGAGGCAUUUGGCACCGAAUUUGCGUACGGCGGUCAUCCGUUUCCCUUCACUGGCGUCUUCGAAAUAACUCCUCGCGACCACGACGAGCUCGGUGAGCAGUUUCAGUUCAGACAGAGCAUACAGAUUGGAUGCACCGACUUCACAUAUGAGGAGGUGCGUCGCCUUGUUGAGGAAUUGGGCAAUCAGUUUCGCGGAGAUCGUUACCAUCUUAUGAACAACAAUUGCAAUCACUUUUCGGGUUCAUUGACACAGAUACUUUGCGGCCAAGAGAUACCCAGCUGGGUGAAUCGUCUCGCACAUUUUAGCUCCUGUGUGCCAUUUUUACAGAGAUGUUUACCAAAAGAGUGGCUCACACCGAAUGCCUUGCAGCAAAGCAUAACUACAAUCCAAGAGCGCGAAGACUCGGACAACAGUCCCCUCUGAGACAUUACCUGAUAUAAGAUAUUUGCAAAGCCCAAGCGAGCGCAACUCAUCCCUGCUGUCUGAAGACCAACAACAAUAUUGUUAAGUUAAAUAGUAUAAAACAAAAAUAUAAAAACAAAAAAAAACGCCGGGAUAAUCGACACUCAUUUCAUUGCAGCCAAUAAGAUAACAGAAAAACGAAAAACUCCCUCAAUAGAAUGCAACAAAAAUAUGUAAUGUUAAUAGGUUUAUAAUAGGCUACAUUUAAAGUGACUAAAUUAUUGGCUAUUGUAAUUUGACUAUUUCAAAACUAAGAUUAACUAAUUAAGUGCCGAUAAGUGUAAGUGUUGCGAGUUCGAGGGGAAGCUCUACACUUUCAGGAUCAUUUAUAAAAAUUUGAAUUAAAAUUAACAUAAAUAGUAAACAUCGAAAAAGUUAUCUUUAGGAAAUUGCUAAAAUGUAUUAAACAGCAAAACAAACAACACGCAGAUUAAUAUUAAGAAUAUCAAAAAUUUGUCGAUCAUAUUGUCAUUGUCAUUUCGUUAGUAACCAAUACUUGUUUUUGAUUAUUUUAUAUUUACAAUUUUACAAUGUCAAAAGCCGCAUGUCUAUCAAAACACCAAAAAAAAAGUAAUAAACAAAAAAAAAACGGAUCUGUUAUCAAAUAAAUAUGUACUUGACAUUCUGAUAUUUACAUAUACAUUAAAAUACUAUUAUAUUUAAAAUUUUUUAAAGAAAAUAUAUUUUAAUUCAAUAAUAA